AUGCAUUUAUUAGUGUUUAUUAUCAUAUUGGGAAUUGAUGCAAGUUCUGGUCGAUUUUUGCCUGACACCUCAGAUCAUGAUGCCUACGGUCUUAAAAUAGCCGGUAACGAUGCAAUGAUAAUCGAAGCUUUCAGUGAUACUCAACAAUUUCUUAUUCGAACCGCUCCUUACAAUGAUACGUCUCACUCACUCGAAUGUUCUAUUACGUACAAUUAUUCGACUCAAUAUGUAUAUUCAGUUGGUAUUGGUAAAAAACAAAAUUCAAAGCAAUUGCAUUUCUUUUAUGCUGGCGAAGUCAUACCGGACAAUGUAUCGGCUACUGAUUCAUCAGAUCAUAGCUAUGCCUUUAUCGGAAUAUUAGUUAAUAAAAAGUCAGAAAGGACCGAAAGCUUUAAUUGCAGUUAUUUUGAAUAUCAAUCACUUCAGUUUAUUUCGUCUUAUGGGCAUCAAGAGUUUUUUGUAUUUGGUGUUGAACCCUACGGUCAAUUCGCGAUUGGUCUAGCAAAAGAUUUUGUCUUUAUUUAUCAACCAUUCUCUCAUAAUAUAAUUACGACAAAGAAUAGCAGUCUCGUAUGGCCUGCUAACACAAUAUUCAUGCCCGUAGCAAUCGACACACAUAUCUCAUUUACAAUUGUUGCUGGUUUCGUCGUCAAUGGUCCCUGGUUUCGAGUGCGUGCAACACCUACAGUCUAUGUCAUAUCAAACUCUGAUCUCAACAUAUUAGCAACAUGGUCAUAUACAGCUGCGAUUAAUUCAUGGCAAUCUCAUUUGACUUAUUCAAAUCUUAAGACAUGGUCAAAUAACUAUGUUAUGUCGGUGAGCAUCAAUUUUGACGAUCCUACUCAGGUACUGGUUGGUAUGCCAUUUCUUAAUAUUGUAUUUUUAUUGAUCGUUAAUUUAAAUGGUAGCAAUUUAAUGCUCGGACGUUUAAUCGAUAAUGGAGACUCAAUAGGAUUCGGAAAGAGUGUUACCUGGCUAUCGAAUACACAAGUAGCAAUUCUAAGUUCGAAUCAUCCAACUAAUGAUUCUUCGAAAAUUUACUUGUAUACAUCAUUGACAAAUACGACUUUGCUAUCAUUAUCAUCUGCUGUCUUUCCUAAUAUUCAACAAACUUUACCAACAACAGUCAAUGCUCGUUUCAUUCGAAUGAUUUCAACGUCAACUUCACUUGCUAUACUUGGUAUUUACGGUGAAAUUCUUCUCAUUGUAUCGGCACUACCUGGAUAUUUUGCAUCGACAAGGUUAUCUAUUAUCGACUCCAUAUUUAUUAUUAGUCAACCAAUUAUGUGCAUGGCCGGUACAUACAAAGCAGAUACUAGUAUUUUCCCAUGUUCUCUAUGUCCAAGCGGCUCACGAAAUCCGGGUAAUCUAACAGCUUUUUCGUGUAUGACUUGCUUGUCAGAUAGUUUUUGUCCAAUGGGAGCGGUAGCUGAUAUCGAUGCAACUCUUCUUCUUCCGCGAUCACAAGCAUCCGUUCAUCCACGUUCACCUGAAGUCACUGUAUUCGAUGAAAUUCUUCUUCAAAACAUGUUUUCAACUAGUUCAAGGAAAGAUUGUGUGUUCAUUGCACCUUUGUUUUGGGUAUUCAUCAUGAUUAGUUUUAUUAUUAUCAUAUUGUUUGUUAUGGGUAUACUCAAAACCUGUGUUCCAGGUUCCAAAAGUCAAGAAGUGCGUGGUCAUGUGAAGAAAAUUUUUCGACAAACUGAUCUUAUUAAUGAAGGUGAAAUGUGGGUAGGUGGUUUGGUUUCGUUUGCUAUUAUUGUUCUUCUCCUCUUUGCCUAUUCGUUUUCGGCAGCUUUUUAUCAAGAAUAUCCAUCCGACGGUGCUGGCCGAUCGACAUUUACUUGUGGUGAAACAAUCCGUAAUGUGAAAUAUGAAAGUGGUCUACAAUCACUUUCGAUUCCAGUAUCCGAAGAAGAACAACCGAUGUUUAAUCUUCUCAAUAAACAAACUUUUACUCUUCGUCUAGAUCUAUUGAAUACCAUUCUUACAUGCGAAAGUUUGUCCGUUCAACAAAUUUUUGGAUCAUCAACAACUAAACUGAUCCCUACUUGUACAGAUUCUAUUGGAAUUCUAUCAACUGCUAUCAAAUUACCCUAUCAAAGGAUGAUAAUUGAAUGGAUUCUUAAUGAUAUUGAACUUGUUGGCGCUAUACGCGUCAGUCUUUCAGCUGAUGAAAAGCAAUAUGGAUUUUAUCGACUAAAAGAACUCGAUUUUAGUCAAACAUUCUAUGAUGGCUCUAAUCGAACACUUGCUCUAUCGUCGACUAUCAAUUUAGAAUUGACCAAAGCAAUCAAUGAAACAGAACCACUUACAGGACAUAAAGCGAAUUUUUCUGGACUUUGGUAUCCAAAAUUUGUGAUUGACGGAGAUCAUAUGUUUAUUUCAUCCGCAGAAUAUGUUACCAUGGCAAAUCUCAGAUCAACUAAAUUAACAAUGGUAUUAAGUGAAACAUCGUAUUAUAUCAAAAAUCACCAAUCACCUAUUGCUAAACUACGUGAAAUCAUCUUUCACAAUCUUCUUUUUACAGUCGUCUGUCUCGAAAUUUUUCGUCUUAUUACUCUUGUCUGUAGAUUGACGAUUCUUCCGCUAUUUAGUGUUAUUAUGCAACACUUUCAGGGAAAAAAAGAAAUUCUAUCAACAAACAUUGGAAGUGUUGAUCAUGAUAUAAUAACAAGCGAUCAUGAUACAACAAUAGAUAAUCAUAGUACAACAGUAGAUAAUCAUAGUUUAACAACCGAUAAUCAUAGUACAACAGCAGAUAAUCAUAGUGUAACAACAGAUAAUCAUAGUACAACAGCAGACAAUCAUAGUAUAACAACAAAAGAUUACCAUGUCGUUCAAGUCAAUGUAUGA